AUGUCGACAUCGCAAGUAGAAGGGGUUUCAAGUGUGGUUGCUCUUCCACCCCCGUCACCCUACCGGAGUUCAUUAAUGGAGUGCGUUGUGGGUGAACCGGUGGAUUAUGUUCCAUCUCCCGGUGGAAAUGAGAUUUCAUCCAAUCCAAAUGAAAAUAUAGUUGAACCUCUCGUCGUCGAUCCUGUGCAAAUGACUAAGGCCAUGCAAAUGUUGGAUGUUACUGAUGAUGGAAGUGAUGAGAUGGAUAUUUGUGACGAUCUGCCUGAUCAUGGUACCCUGGAGGAAGAUGAAAUACCAAGUGUUGGGAUGCGGUUUGCGAAGUUGCAACUAGCGCAUGAUUUUUAUGUUAGCUACGUCAAGAAAGUUGGGUUUGCAACUAAGAUAAGGACGACAACAUUUGACAAGAUCACGAAGGAACCCGUUAACCAGGCUAUCCACUGUAAUCGGGAUCGGAUCCACGGGUCUCGUGUCAAAGCACCAACGCACAAAAACCCAAUUUCAGCCGCAGGGUGCAAGGCAAGAAUGCAGCUGAGCAUGCAUGCGAAGUAUGUGAUUCAGAAUAAUGAUGAGGCUGGGAUUCGACCAAACAAGACCUUCCUAUCUUUGGCCAAUGAAGCUGGGGGCCCGUCGAAUCUGGAAUUCUCAGAAAAGGAUUUAAGAAACUAUAUUACAGCAAGACUCCAAACGAGCAACGCAAAUGCGGAUGUUAGGGAGAUGAUGAACUAUUUCAUGAGAAUGAAAGACAUCAAUCCAAACUUUUUCUAUGCAGUGAAAUUGGACGAUGAGUGUAGAUUUAGGAGUGCAGUUUGGGUUGAUGCAAGGUGCAGGGCUUCCUAUGAAUACUACGGAGACGUUGUGUCACUCGAUAGCACUUACAGUACAAACAGGCAUGGGUUACCGUUUGCGUCGUUCGUCGGUGUCAACCACCAUGGUAAGUCAACCCUCCUUGGAUGUGCGCUGUUGGGAAACAAGAAAAUUCCGAGUUAUGAGUGGGUUUUUACACAAUGGUUGACGUGCAUGGGAACAACUCCACAGUGCAUCAUUACUGAUCAAUGCAGAUCCAUGUAUGGUGCGAUUAGAAAGGCGUUACCCAAUACACGUCACCGUUGGUGCAUAUGGCGCAUCAUGAAGAAGUUUCCUCAGAAGCUUGGAGGUUAUCGUCGGUACGGAGAGUUGUAUCCCGACCUCAGGAACAUUGUUUUUAACUCUCGAACGGAGGAGGCAUUUGAGAGAAAAUGGUUUGAAUUUAUGGAGGAGUACAAUUUACAUGACAACACAUGGCUGUCAGAUCUUUAUGAUGACCGACGCAUGUGGGUUCCUCUAUUCUUCAAGGGGGAAUUUUGGGCUGCCAUGAGGAGUACACAAAAGAGUGAGAGCAUGCACGCAUUUUAUGGUGGAAUCUUACACAGCAAGACUAGCUUGGUCCAAUUUGUUCACGAAUAUGACAAUGUGCUUGGAGCCAAGGAGCAGAGGGAAUUGGAGGAUGAUGCAGUAGACUCCAGGGGGUAA